AUGGAGGACGUUGAAGACCAGAACGUGGUUGUUUCCUUCGUUCACACUCAGCCUUGGGUUCUGUAUUUUGAUGGUAGCAGCACUGAUCAUUUAUCAGGAGCGGGUGUCGCAUUGGUUAAUCAUUCCAGAGUAAGACAUUGUUACUCUUUUCAGCUAGAAUGGAAGUCCACUAACAAUCAGGCAGAAUACGAGGCCAUCAUCAUUGGCCUGGAGCUGUUGCUUGAUCUGGAGGUCACCGAGGUAGAGAUAUUAGGUGAUUCACUCCUAGUUAUUAACCAGCUCAAGGGUGUCUACAAGUGUAACAAUUUUACAUUACUUCCUUUUUGGGAGCACGCAUCGGAAUUGUUAGACCAAUUUGCAAACGUGGUGCUUGACUAUAUUCCUCGAGAACGAAAUUUCGCUGCCAAUGAAUUAGCACAGUUGGCUACGGGCAUUCGCUUGGCAGAUGGCGUUCGCGAAAGGAUUUUAAAGGUUCAGAGACGCACAUUACCUUCCUUUAUGGCAAGGAAAGAGGUCAACGAUGAAUGGUUGGUAGAUGUUAUUGAUACUAUUGAUGUAGAUUGGCGGCAACCGAUUAUCCAGUACCUCACUGAUCCUUCUGCACCGGUGGACAAGAGGGUUAGAUAUUUUUCUACUAACUACGUCCUUCGAGGCGGUGAGCUAUUGCGCAGGGCAGAAGAUGGCUUGUACCUGCGAUGCAUCUAUGGAGCUAAGGCUAAGACGUGGUUACGAGAGGUUCAUUGUGGCAAUUGUGGUUCUCACCAAGCUGGUCCAAAGAUGCGGUGGCUCAUUCGUCACUAUGGUUUCUAUUGGCCUACCAUGCUUAAGGACUGCAUCAGCUUCGCGUAG